UUUUUGUCUGUCACUGUCACUGAUUGCGAGUGUCAAGUCAGGUGUUCACGAAUUUCUAGAUUACAGAAAUUUUAAGCCAAAACAUGGCGAAAAGAAUAGCACAGAGCUCCGUGAACUGGGCAGCCCUGGCAGAAAGAGUGCCCGCCGAGCAGAAAGCCCACCUCGCCGCUUUCAAGAUCAAGUCCGAUGGCUACCUUCGUAGAGUGCUGGCUAACCCACCUGAGCCUCCAGCGAUCAACUGGAGCGUGUACAAGCAGUCGGUGCCCAUCCCCGGCAUGGUGGACAACUUCCAGAAGCAGUAUGAGGCUCUCAAGAUCCCCUACCCCACAGACACCAUGAGUGCUCAGGUGGAUGCUCAGUGGAGCGAAGUCAAGAAAGCUAUUGAUCAGUUUGUUCAGCAGUCCAAUGCUAACAUUGUUAACUUUGAGAAACAAGUAGCUGAGAUCAAGGCUCUGCUACCAUAUGACCAGAUGACGAUGGAGGACUUCCGCGAUGCAUAUCCUGAGCAGGCUCUUGACCCCAUUAACAGACCUACUUACUGGCCUCACAACCCUGAGGACCAGGUGGAUUAUGUCGACCCGGAGAACAAGGCUGUUGAGUCACAUCACUAAACUGUUCGGAAUUUGUAUAAUGUCAAGAUGCGAAGAAUUGAAAGAAAAGUCUUAUUCUAUAUUGAAGCCUUGCUAAGGAAUGCUUUAGGAUAAUUUUCUUUCUAUUCAUGUUCUUUGAAAGGUUUAAAAGUAAUGCAAUUAAAUACUGUUUAAAGUUUAUUUCUGAGCUCAAAUAUACAUCAACAUAUAUACUAUUCAAAUAAAAUUCUACUAUUUGAUUGUCUUGACAUUGUACAAAGGUUUAUAUUUGAAGUGAUUAUGCAAUUGUGUAAUUUAUGUUGUAGGAAUAAAGUGAGUAAACUUA